UCUAUCAAAUAACGAAAUGGAGAAGGUGGGCGAUUCUCAGCCGUCUUCGUCAGAGCCCGUUUCGCGAACUAGUAAAGAGAUGAUGAAGGAGCCGCCGCGGAGACUCGGGAUAGGUACUCCAGAAAUCUGUUUCGAAAAGACAAAAAGUGACUUAGAAAAGCUUAAAGGGGGAUUAUCUCUUUUAUUUAUUGGAUUACCUCUCUUGUUUUCACCAUCCAAUCGGGCGAUAUUGGGAAUGAUGAUGAUCAUGGGUUACCUUCAUACUCAGAAAUAUAAAAUGGAGUUAGAAAAUGAGAGGGGCGAUGCGAUCAACGAUGCAAUCAAGUCAAUUAUUGAACUUGAUUCAAUUAAGCCAAUUAUUGAUGAUGAAAAAGAAAAAGAAAAAGAAAAAGAUGAUGAAGAAGAUUUUUUUGCAAAUGUUAUUGAUAAUAAUGAUGUUGAGAUAGAAAACUUUAGCUGGGUAGGAAAGAUCCCUGAGAUGUCGAUUCCCGAAGUUGCUGCUCGACGUACGGAAGUACUCUACCAUGAUGAAAAAGAAACGGACUCCGGAAAUUACCACAAUGGCAGAGAUAGGACAAUAAUGACCAUGGACAACAUUCAGCGUAAAACGUCACGAGUACGGGCAUUGCAAGAAAUUACGUCACGAGUGCCAGAAGUUGCUGAUACCAAAAUCACAAUGGAGCGCAGUAGAAAUUUUUGGCAGGGGUGGUAGUAAUGGUGGAGUUAGAAAUAAAAUAAAUAUUUAAAAUUGAUUUUUUAACAUUAAAAGUUAUGUAUGAAGUGUUUUUUUUAGCUGUAAUUUUUGGUGGAGUUAUGGUGAGAAUAUAGGGCUAUCA